UGAAAGCCAUCAUCCGAGGUUCACAGGACUCGGCACAUCAGACUAAAAGAGAACCAGACUCGAGGAAGUCCUGUCCCCUGACUGAAAUGAAGAGAGUUGAGGUUCUUGUCCCCAACAAGGUGCUGGGUGACAAUGUAAACAGUGUACAGAUGCCGACUCUUUCAGAUAAUGCGCCCGAAGAACAGAUGGGCGAUCAGGCUCCUUCCUUCUAUAACACACGGCCGGAUCCAGUCCUUGGCCCUGCAUUGAAACUUGGAGCCGGUGUGGGAACUCUGGGUCUCCUUACCGGAGCUGCAGCCGGCAUUAUUCGUUCAGCGCCCCCUGGAUUGUAUGCAGCUACAACUGGUAUUCAGUGGUUUGUCCUGAGUUCCAGUUUCUGGGGUUCUCGUCAGUUUGCCCUUAAUUCUCUGGCAAAAGGCACCGAUACUUCCCCUUCAAGGGACAAUCUCAUAGCAACUAGCUCCGCUGGUGCAUUUUCGGGGGCAACGGCGGGCUUACUUCGCGGAUCGAAAAACAUCAUACCGGGUGCCGUCGUCUUUUCAUUGCUCGGCCUGGGUGGCGCGGCUCUUCAAAACAAACUCAAAUCGAGGGAGAAGUCAGAGAGCUGGUUUCAGAAAGUUAUUGACGGGAAAUGGAGUCCCAUCACUCGCAUUACCAACGAGGAUUGGGAGAGGAUACUUGAGGAGAAGCUGCUGCGAGUUGAGACAGAAAUAGCCGUCUUGGAUGACUCGAUCGAAGAACUGCGCAAGAACGAAAAGCAGACCUAAUUGCCAUGGUGCGCUUUGUACCAUUUAGGAUGGUUCUAGAAGCAACAGUUCUGAUGGUUCGUAUGUAGCCAUGGCCAACAUUAGCCAAACUGAUUCAACGGCAUCCUAUUCGGAAAUACAAAUUUCUCACGAGCACUUGGAGAGAAUCCUGAAUGUUUAUCCAGUGUUUAUGU